AGCCCUCAGCGUCACGUGCUGUCUAACAGUCAUCAUCAAGGCGCGCGACCGGCUCCCUGCUCCGCGCGCAUGCGUCUGUGUGUCCGUGUGCGCGUGUGUCUCCUUCAUAUCACCCCGCGACCCUCGCGAGCUCAGCUGAAAUGGCUGUUCCUCCAGCGUACGCUGACCUCGGCAAAUCUGCAAAGGACAUUUUCAAUAAGGGAUAUGGCUUUGGGCUGGUGAAGCUCGACGUGAAGACCAAGUCAGCGAAUGGAGUGGAGUUCAAGACAUCCGGCUCGUCUAACAUAGACACCACCAAAGUGAACGCUAACCUGGAGACCAAGUACAAAUGGGACGAGUACGGCCUCACCUUCACCGAGAAAUGGAACACGGACAACACACUCGGCACCGAGAUCACCGUCGAGGACCAGAUCACUAAAGGACUGAAGUUGGCCUUUGACACGACGUUCUCUCCAAACACAGGAAAGAAGAGCGGGAAGGUGAAGACGGCCUAUAAGCGCGAGUUCCUCAACGUGGGCUGUGAUGUUGAUUUUGACUUCGCCGGUCCCACCAUCCACGCGGCCGGCGUUCUGGGCUACGAGGGCUGGCUCGCCGGCUACCAGAUGACCUUUGACAGUGCCAAAUCCAAAAUGACCCGCAACAACUUCGCCAUUGGCUACAAGACCGGAGACUUUCAGCUGCACACCAAUGUUAAUGAUGGCUCUGAGUUCGGAGGCUCUGUCUAUCAGAAGGUCAACGGUAAUUUGGAGACGGCGGUUAAUCUGGCCUGGACCGCCGGCAACAACAGCACACGCUUCGGCAUCGCAGCCAAAUACCAGCUGGACUCCAGCGCCUCCAUCAGCGCUAAAGUGAACAACUCCAGUCUGGUGGGAGUGGGCUACACGCAGACCCUCAGGCCAGGGGUGAAGCUGACUCUCUCUGCUCUGGUGGACGGAAAAAGCUUCAACUCCGGAGGACACAAACUGGGCCUGGGGCUGGAGCUGGAAGCAUAAACCAGCCUCCCUCCACACUCCUCCCUCCUCCCUCCUCCCUCCCGCUCUCUCUCUCCCUCCCUCUCCCCCUCCUUAUCUCUCUCUCUCUCGCUCUGAGGAGAGGAUGGGUAUAAUAUGGAUAGAUCCGGGUCCUCUGUGUGUGUUUAGUUUGUGCAGCCGAUGUGAAAAGACCAUCAGUGAUCCACCGCACGCCCAGUUACUCUCAGAUCAGACGUGUUAACACCACCACACUGUCCUGUUAUCUCACUUAAAGAGCCCAUAUCAUAGAAAACUUAGUUAGAUUUGGUCUGUAAACACUGCUUCAAAAACACUGGUCACUCCACAGUCCAUGUAUUGGAGCUACACUGCAAAAAAGUGUUAAUAUGCAACAAAUAAUCCAAUCACUGCAGAAAAGAUUUCGUCAGUAAUCCGACACAUUUACAUGCACUUAAUCAGAUAACGGGGAAACUCCAGGUCUACAGGAGUCAGACAGUAAUCAGAUUCCUGCUUUGCAACCAGCCGAUAAACGACGACGUGACAUAAGACGGCUUUUUUUAAAACAUUGUGCCACUUUACCUGAAAAUAUAAACAGACAUAAUCUAGAAGAUGAAGAAUAUUUACAUCCUCCUUUUAGUCAAGCAUGUAUUUGGUUUCAGUGUUUUGCUGCGUCGUGCGGCGACGCUGCUGCUUAUUUCCGGUACCGCCGUCUGUUUUCACACAUGCUCAGACUGAGAAAUCAGAAAGAAAUCCGAGAGCUCACAGCUGAGGAAUCUGAUGACCAAGGAAAAUCUAGCCAUCGGAUUUUUUAAUCGGAGUUCUAGACCUUACUCCGAUCUCAGAAAACAGCGCAUGCUAUUUACUUAACCAUUCGAAUAAUCAGAUGAUUAUUUUGUGAUGUCACAGUUACACGUGCCUGCUAAUUCAGUUUAGCCCCGCCCACUCACACAGAAGUUAUAAGGAGUGGGUUAAAUGUCAGAUGAGGAAAAUGUCAGAUAUGGGCCCUUUAAUGUAUAUACAAACCCAACACACAGCCGGUCCAUCUGUUGUCUGUCUUUAAUUUGCUGGUCUUCUAACCUGAAAUAAACCGUGUUCUAAUAGCGA